AGCGCCAGCGCCGAGGCUCGUCCGCGAAGGGGGCCAAGAAAAGCGCUCUCGGUAUAAAAGCUGCAGCCAUCGAUGGACUCACCAUCAGUUACCCACUUGCUUGUUUCACAGUUUCAUUUCACUCGGAUUAAAUAUGAAAUUGUUGGGAGUUGUCUGUCUUUUUGCCUUGGUGCUUCUUGCAUCCGCCGAAGAUGAAAAGAAACCAGUGGCUGAAGCUAAGGUAGAUGACACCGGCGCCGCCGAAAGCGCAAACCUCGAGGACAAAAAGCAGGACAAACGCGGCCUGCACGGCUGGACCGGCUUCGGUGGCUUCGAGGAAAAACAUGACGUGCCCCACUUCGAGACUCACGAGGAGAAGACCUUGACUGUGGUGAAGAAGGUUCCAGUUCCAUACCCAGUGGAGAAGCACAUCCCAGUGGCUGUUGAGAAGCAUGUGCCAGUGCCCGUCAAGGUUGGAGUGCCCAAACCCUACCCCGUGUACAAGACUGUCCACUACCCGGUCAAGGAGAUCGUCAAGGUCCCAUACCACGUGCCAGCUCCUUACCCCGUUGAGAAGAAGGUCCCAUACCCAGUCCAUGUCCCAGUCGAUAACCCAGUCCCAGUCAAGGUGUACGUGCCAGCUCCUUACCCAGUAGAAAAGAAGGUCCCUGUCCCAGUUAAGGUCCCAGUCCCAGCCCCUUACCCAGUUGAGAAGAAGGUCUUGGUGCCGGUCAAGGUCCCAGUCCAUGUUGACAAGCCAUACCCAGUUGAGAAGAUUGUGCACUACCCAGUCCAUGUCCCAGUCGACCGCCCAGUCCCUGUCCAUGUUGAAAAGCCAGUGCCAGUCCCAGUUGAGAAGCCUGUCCCAUACACCGUGAUCAAGAAGGUUCCUUACCCAGUCCAUGUCCCAGUCGACCGUCCAGUCCCCGUGCACGUUGAAAAGCCAGUGCCAGUCCCAGUCAAGGUCCCAGUCCCACAGCCCUACCCAGUUGAGAAGCACAUCCCAUACCCGGUAGAGAAGCACGUCCCAUACCCAGUCAAGGUCCCAGUCGAGCGCCCAGUCCCAGUCGAGAUCGAGAAGCACGUCCCAGUGACCGUUGAGAAGCCAGUCCCAUACCCAGUCAAGGUCCCAGUCCAUGUUCCAGUCCACCAUGAGGAACACCACCACGAGGAACACAGCUUCGGUUCGUCCGACGGUCAUCACGAAUUCCAUGAGCAUCACUAAGUCAAGAAGAGCCCCCAUCAUUUCAUUAUUUAUAUCGCAAAACUUGUGAUCUUAGUUUCUAAACGACACUAACACCUUAAACUACUAACCAAACAAGGAGAAACCACAUCAUCACCUACCUACCAACUAGACAUCAAACGAAGCCUGAGAUUCUAAGAAGAAAACUGAUCAAACUUUGAGCAUCGUACGAUCCGCGACUUGUCGAUCCCCUUCACUCGCAACGAUCGAAGCGCACCACCAGCGAAUGACAGCAGAAGCGAGGACCUACCACCCCGGUAGGACUUCCAGCAGCUUACGAACUGUUACUCGCCACAGCGAUUGGGGAACCUAGCCCAUCAUCCUUCAAGUAGGUCCACCUUCCUGUAAGCAAGUGGCGCCUCCUAGGGGAUCAUCCAUGCGCGGAUCGUACUACCCGAUACGCGAAAGGCCAGAAGCUUUAGUUUUUCGAACCGAGUCCCGACUUUCCUCACUUUCCAUCUGUUGUGUAUCGUUCGUUCCAUCCCGACUCGGUUCGUAGAAGAAACUUUCCGAGAGCAUCGCGUACUCUUAAAAACAAGAAAACUCCGAACACAGCCAGGCGUUAGUCACCACCAUCCUAACUACGAGCGUAGAAACUAGACGAUGAAAUGCUCAGUCAAAGUCCAAAAAGCCCAAUUUAAUUUGUUGUUGUAUAGAUUUUUAAUAAGAGUGAAACAAGCCAAGCAAAAAUGAGCAAAACAUAGAAAAAAAAAGCGAGAGAGACAAGAAAUUAAGACAUAACUGUUACAUUGAUUGUUGUUUGUAAAUAUUAUAAUCAAAGCAGAAGACACCGCCGCGCGCAAAGAGGAAAAAGAGCUACCAACCUAUUUUACUGUUGCCUAAAAAAGGAUUUUGUUUUUGUGUUUUCCCGAGAAAAAUUGUACUAGCGAGGAAUGUUGCCCAAAAAUUAAUUUGCUGUUAGCGCCUCAAAUCACUGAAAUCCUAAGUGUUUUGUACUAUUUUUUGCGAGAAUUGUUCUGUUUAUAUUUUUUACACAAAAAAAAACAAGUGAGAUAUUCAAAAAAGAACCAAAAAAAAAUUGAAAUAAAAAAUUGUGAUACAAAAAAAACAAACCUA